CUGAUUAUUGUCAUCUACUACCAAAGGCACCGAACUCGACAUGGAAUCUGAACAACCUCAACCCGACUCAGGUGCUGAUAUCCCCGUUUUAAAGGCAGCACUCGCAUACGAGGACUCUAGGGAAAUAUCGAUGGGAUCUCAAGCCUCGAGCCGUGCGCAGCAGAGGAAAGAUCUCGCCCGGAUCAUCCUCCAGACCACCGACGAGCAGCUGCCAGCUCGAAAGCAGUUCAAUGCCGCCUCGACCUUUGGCGCGAUACCCACCGAGAUCUUGAAUGGCAUCUUUACCAUCUUACGCGAUCUAUAUAUGCAUUCACCGAAUUCUACGAGCACUGGCGAUGGGGCUGGCUCAGAUUGUCUGAGAUGGACGAAUGUGACGCAUGUGUGCAGUCGCUGGAGAGAGAUUGCGCUCGGUGAUGCAUCGCUGUGGUCGUGCGAUAUCGGUGCGUGGAAAAACCGAGACUGGAUCGAUGAGAUGCUCGAGCGAGCGGGGAGCGCGCCUCUGUAUAUCGGAUCGAUACCUUAUCAUGGCGCUAUCCCAACCCACGACGGUCCCCAGCCUCUUGAAAUCGUCAACUACGUCCAGGCGAAACAUCCUCUCGCCAGGAUCGUCGCCCCACACAUCUCCCGCGUUGCCUCGCUCGCCAUCCAUGGCGAGCACGAUAUCUACGACAUACUUGAAACAUAUACCGACCCGCCAACACUUCUCGAGGACUUGGCUCUUCGCGUACACGCUACACGCAACCAUGGCUACUUGUGGCCUCUCCCGCGGAACCUUUUCUCCAAUCGCGUUCCGGCGAACCUGAGGCGCCUGAAACUGGGUGGAUUCGAGCCACCAUGGCGUCGGGGAUCGAAGCUGCUGAGCCCUACGAUCAAGGACCUUUCGGUGCAUUAUCCGAACUAUGGGAGCGAGGUGUACAAAACGAAGAUGCCCUCGUCGCUUCCGACGCUCGAGAUGGUCGUGGAAGGGUUGAGGAAGAUGCCCUUGCUCGAGAGGUUGAACCUUCAUAUCGUGAUACCUCCUGGCCGAUCCCUGAUGAUGGAAAGAAAGCCGGCGCCGUAUCUCGAAAACCUCCGCCAUUUGACGCUGUACAGCGAUGUGGGGGACUGCGUGGCAUUCCUCCGAGCGUUGAGGUUUUCGAGCUCGACGAGCAUGAAGUUAUCGUUGCAGGGAUGCAAGAUCGAUGACUUCUCUGCGCUCACUCGUCUCCUGGCUGACCAUAUCACCGAAUACUAUGCAUCUACGCGCUCUGAUCAACCAGCAUGGCUUGUCAAGGCAGACCCGAUGCGGUCCUCCUAUAGCAUCCUUUCGACUACGACCCCGAAGGAUCGUCACGGUCAAGCUCGCAGAGAACUCGGGGUCAGUAUCAGUCCAUGCUUGACCCUCGAGACAACGACCGUCAUACAAACACUAUCCAAAACCAUGUUUCCCGAAACGAUCCAAAAAGGGUUCUUCGGCAUCAUUUGUUCCUCCAUAGCGUCCGACGUCGAAGAGGUCCAUCUGCGGCAUAGCAUCACCGCGAAAAGUCCACGGUAUUGGAUAGAGCUGUUUGGGCGGAUGCGACGCGUGCGGAGGCUCAGGCUCGGACAUAGGACGUCGCCUUAUUUUGUCGCUGCGCUGGAUCUGUUGUCGAGAGGGGAGGAUGUCGACGACGAGGGGUUGUUACAUCCCUUGAGUCUAUCGAGUUUGAUUGCGUUUCUGACUUGGUGAAGCCGAAACCACGACCGGACGUAGGGAGAUCCAGAUAUCGAGUUCGACCAGCGUACGCCUACACAAGGGACGACAGUCGAGACGAGGGCCAGUGGUUCUGGGAGGACCUCCAGUAUGUUCUGGAACAAAGGAAGAUGCGAUACAACCAUCGUCUCAGGAGGAUACACUUGAGGAAGUGCAGGAUCACGGAUGGGAUGGUAUCUGCAUUCGAAAGGUUGGUGGAAGAUGUCGUGGUCGAGGACUGCGAUAAGUGUGGGGAUUGGCAGUGAGGACAUUGGGCUUGCUUGGAAUUUGAUGAGCUGGCGUUGUGGAUAGAAUUUGAAAGAACACUGCUGCAUUGCAUUAGACCAUGUUUGAUCCAAUGUGAAUCACUACAUGUUAU